UCACCCCGGUCAGUGCGCAGUAUUCUUUCUCUUCGGGUUCAUCGCUGGAGCAAGACGCGAUCACACGCCACUCGCUGAGAAGUCGCGUUUCAAAAUUUAGCAUUUGCUAGUAAAUUGAGUGUGAUUCCUAGGAUCUCCAGUUUCGAAGGAAAAAGCAACUUUUUCCUGACAAAUUUUAAGCACUUUCGUGAAGAGCAGUAUAUUUUUACGGAAUUAACCGCGUUCGGGGCUUGUUUUAGUCGUAUUAUAAUAAAGUGUAGUCAGUGUUAAGACAAGAAAAGUAAAAUGGCCGAUCAGGAUCAAGAGAUGAACGGAAACGGCCAGGAGUCGCAGGACCAGAACGGAGGCGACCAGAAUGGAGCCGAAUCCAGCAACGUUCGCGAUGACGACAGAAAAUUAUUCGUUGGUGGACUUAGUUGGGAAACAUCAGACAAGGAACUGAAGGAACACUUCGGUCAAUACGGUGAAAUCGAGAGCAUAAACGUCAAGACAGACCCCAACACGGGCCGCUCGCGAGGAUUUGCCUUCAUCGUGUACAAGAGUGCCGACUCGAUCGACAAGGUUGUGGCCGCCGGAGACCACGUUAUCAACAACAAGAAGGUCGACCCCAAGAAGGCCAAGGCACGCCACGGCAAAAUCUUCGUCGGUGGAUUGACCACGGAGAUCAGCGAUGAAGAGAUCAAGACCUUCUUCGGACAGUUUGGCAACAUCGUCGAGGUUGAGAUGCCAUUCGACAAGCAGAAGAACCAGCGCAAGGGCUUCUGUUUCAUCACCUUCGACUCCGAACAGGUGGUGAACGAACUGCUCAAGACGCCAAAGCAGACCAUCUCCGGCAAGGAGGUGGACGUCAAGAAGGCCACUCCCAAGCCCGACAACAUGCACAUGGGUGGCCCAAUGGGCGGCCGCGGUGGCAUGCGAGGCCCGCCACGAGGCGGCAUGCGAGGUGGACGCGGGGGACCUGGAGGACCCAAAGGCUACGGACAAGGCUGGGGCGGUCAGGGAUACGGAGGUGGCGGCUACGGCAACCAGGGCGGAUAUGGAUACGGUGACUAUUAUGGCGAUUGGGCGGGAUGGGGCUACAACGGUUAUGAUUACUCCCACUACGACGACUACUAUGGAGGUUACAACGAUGGUUACGGCAACGGCGGUGGUCGACCUGGUGGCCCUCGCGGGGGCAAAGGUGCCGGUGGUGGCGGUUAUCAGGGUGGAAAGCAGCGAGGCGGAGGCGGUGGCAACCGUCAGCCAAGGCAUACGCCGUACUAAAGCAUCCCGCAAACCAUGGACACCAUGUCCUUUCCCAACUUUUAAUUACUAUAGAUUAGUAGUUUAGCGCCCCUCCCUAAACAAGAAACAACAAUCCCUUACUAGCGAGAUAAGUCCCCGUAACAAUUCCUAUUUGAGAUCCAAGAAGACAGCGAGAGCGAACAAGUAUGCAAGAGCAUAGGUGGAGCGUGUGAUGAACUGAAUAAAAAAAAGGUAGAAGGAUAGAAUUCUUCCGCUACACACACUAAGUACACAUGGGACUUCCCGUCCAACAAACACUAGAGGAGGAGAAGGAAGGCAGCAACAUAUGCUCACCUUCCAUGGUAAAUAUUGGUUUCAUCCCUGUGGAGUUUGAUGCCAACCGAGGAGAAUGUCCCAUUUCCAUCAUUGUCCACCUCACAUUUACGGAACUUUUCCAAUAGUAAGGCACAUAUGCAAAACAUAGAACCAGUAUACUAUUUAAGCCUAAUUUUUUGAUAUUUGAACAAACAGAACAACUUAUUGAGGAUUUGCAAAAGCCACUUUAGAGAUUAAUUUGGUGUCAUUUUUCAGUUUUUUUGAAUGAAAUGAUCAUAGAGAAUACCUACAAUUACAAACAAAUAGACAUAAUGUUCAUUCUCACUUAAACAAACCUACUGCAUUGUGAAAGUUGCAUAAGAACAAGAUGCAGUAUUACAUUUUAUGUGUACCUCAUACAUUUUCUGAAGCCGAAAGUACGAAUAAAACACAUUUUAAACACUUAAAUCUACAGUAGUUGCUUUGUGCUAAUUCUCCUUGUUUGGUAUCACCUCCCACAGAAGUCUUCGCGAAUUGAAUUGAUUAACUUACUUGCUUUUCCUCCAGGAUUCCAGUUACCAUACUCUGUCCAACUCGCGCUAAGGUGUACCAUUCGUGCAUAAUCUGGAUGUGCUCUGGUUGGCUGUUUGGACUGAAGAUAACCCCUCUUAGUUCUAUUAUACUCGUAAUCCCAAAAAAGAAAGAAAACACAAAACAUGACUGAAGAAUAAAUUUAGUUGGCGUGGCCGCCCCACUCUCGUCAUAA